AACUCUAGUGGGCACGUUCUCAUGCAGAGAACAGGAGAUUGGGGUGUGCGCUGAGGUAAUGAAUCACGGGUUCGAAUCCCGACACUGUUGAGGAUGCGGCGACGCAGCCACUUUCCAGGGGCGGGUAUGGAGGUUGCGCACCGGCACGCGUCGUCAACAGCCUCGCCACAUGCGUUGCUGCUAAUCCCGUCAUCGCCGUGGUCGCUGUGAUGUAAGCCUGCUUGCGCUUGUCCCACUUCACCAAUUCCCUCACUUCCAACUCUCGCAAUCGUCACUGCUCUUCAGUCAGUCUUCGAUCCCACCCUCCCUCCUUUCAUAUCCGUAAUCCCCUCCAUUACUACCAUUUUCCUCAUCCUGAAUUGGUGUAGAUUCAAUUAGGAUAUCGUUUUGGAUGAUCGCAAUCAUCUAGUCAGAUUGACGAUCGACUCGUCGCAACCAGCUGAACUGUUUCCGGUUGGGUCCGUUGGCCGUGAUGCAAAAUGUGUUGAUCCAGGCUCGAUGCGGAUAAUGCACGCUGAUGACAUGCACGCGCUGCUGCGGCAUGCGCAUUGAACCAUUGAGUUUUAGUCACUUUAUACGUGAAGGAGAGUAUCUGGUUUUGAGAACGUCGGACUUCACUCGAUGAUUUCAGACUAGCAGUUGUUUGUGAGUGCGUGGGUGCAAUCAAUGUGGAAUUGAGACAGUCUGUGAAAGAAGCGGUUUCCUUGGGUGAUGGCAUCGGAGUACGGUUUUGUGGUGUGAUUCUUACGCGAUUGGUUCUGAAUUUGGAAUCCCAAGCAGAUUUAAGAAUUUUCAAGCUGGUAUGAAGUCGAGGUGAUGUAUUUUCACGCUGUCAUACGCUUUCUCUUCGGUUGCGCCUCGAUGCGCAUUGUUCCACAACCAUCUGAGGAUUCUCAGCCCAACAUUGACGCGCAGAAUGGGCCUUUAACGCAGUGAAUGCUGCUUCUGGAUAGUUUCUCAAGGACUUUGACACACUUUUCUCUUCUGAAGAUCUUCAUUUAGAAUAAUACUUCGUAGAAAUCAUGGAAUCGGUAGCGCAAUUAGAGCAUUCACAGAGUAAUGGGAACUCGCAGAGACAGGGCCCUGCAUGGUUAUCGCCCCUGCUUCGGAAGGAGUUCUUCGGGCAUUGCAAGAAGCACACGACAGGGAAGCAUGAGAAGAAUCAGUUCUGUCUCACGUGUUGCUCGGGGCCUUACUGUCCCGAAGGUCUAAGUCAGUCCCACUCGGGUCACGCAUCGGUGCAAGUGCGCAAAGCAUCUCACCGCGACGUAGUUCGCAUUACCGACAUUCACAAGUACCUGGACAUCUCCAACAUUCAGGCCUACACCAUAAACAGUGCCAAGAUUGUUUUCCUCCAAAGCCGGCCGCAGCCCAAAUUGUGCAAAGGAGCCCCUAAGUACUGUGAUACUUGUCACCGGAGCUUGGCGGACCAGGUUAGGUUCUGCUCAAUCAACUGCAAACUCGUUUCAAUCAGCCACGAAUUGACUGGUGGGUCUGCAACCGAGGAGACGCUCUCUCCCCCGACCGACGCGCGGAGCAUUUCAGGAAAUCCGACUCAGAGUGGGGAGGGUUCCAGCCACCUUGCGCCUUCGGUAAGCAACGGCCACGACGGAGAGAGCGCCAUGAACUGUGAGACGGCCACUAGUUUCUUUCCUGUGACGCCGAAGAAGCAAGGCACCAAGCGACGGAGCAGUCCUUCCUGCAAGCUCAGGCUGGUAGUGCCGUCUAACAAGAGGAAGGCAUUGGAGGAUGGGGCUGCCCCCCUCUCCCCCAUGUCCGUUCUCGGUUCUGGACCAGCUUUCGCUCAGGACUGGCCGGAUUUCCACGGUCUCUCCACGCCCGAUAGCCUCGACGACUCCAGUACGCGAAUUCAUCCCCGGAAGCAGUUCCACCCUUCCCGAGCGCCGUUCUUUUGAUUGCUUGCAGCGGUCGCCACUCAUGGUCGACUUCCGUUGGAACUCUUCCCGCAAGUGGGGCCGUGUCACUUCAUUGUACAUAUUUACAAACCUUUGGUAUGAAAGGAAUGCCAUACUUUCAUUCAGCUUGCAGUUGAAACGGUUCUUGUCAGAAGGGAGAUCACACUAUGACACCAGAAGAAACUUGAAGCUUGCAAGACUGGGAAAGAAUUGAAGGAAGUUGCAGCCAUUAUUGAGCUGCUAACACUUGCUUUGUAUCUGUGUUGAAUAAGCCUGCUGCUGCCAGCGCCUUCUCGGGUUGUCUCAUCAAUAAUUUGUGCACUUCCAGCACGAGAUAGACUGAUGGCGUACAACGCAAUCUCUCCAAUAUACAAGCUUCGUGGCUCAUCCGUGGUGUUCAGAAUACGGAUGUCAGACUGCGGCUCGAACAAUUUUGACACUCCGUUGUAUAUGUCAUUGGAUUGUAUCGUAAUACACGUUGCAGAGCACCUCGCUCGUGCUAACAGUACAAAGAGUACUGUACAAUGUUCAUGUAUAUAUAAACUGUGAGAACAAUAAAUGACCAGCUCAGAAUUGAGCCGAGAAAUCAUUCCCGCUA